CAAAGAUCACUUGAUAGAGAGCAAGUGGGAUUAAAGAUUCCCUAAUGGACUAAUCAAUGAUGCUCAAAGAGGUGCAUGUUGUUUCAGCAUGUUAUAAAAUCUCUGUGCUGCCUGAUCACAACUGCAUCAGUAAGGAGGGUCUCCAUGGAUCUGGUCACUUUCCUGGUACUUACUCUCUCCUCUCUCAUUCUCCUUUCACUCUGGAGACAGAGCUCUAGGAGAAGGAAGCUCCCUCCUGGCCCCACUCCUCUCCCAAUUAUUGGUAAUUUCCUCCAGAUAGAUGUCAAGAACAUCAGCCAAUCCUUAACCAAGUUUUCAAAAACCUAUGGCCCUGUGUUCACUCUGUAUUUGGGCUCACAGCCCACUGUCAUAUUGCAUGGAUAUGAAGCAAUAAAGGAAGCUCUGAUUGAUAACGGGGAGAAGUUUUCUGGUAGAGGAAGCUAUCCAAUGAUUGAAAAUGUUACUAAAGGUUUUGGCAUUGUUUUUAGCAAUGGAAACAGAUGGAAAGAGAUGAGACGAUUCACAAUCAUGACCUUUCGGAAUUUGGGAAUAGGAAAAAGGAACAUUGAGGACCGUGUUCAAGAGGAAGCACAGUGCCUAGUGGAAGAACUGAGGAAAACAAAAGGCUCACCCUGUGACCCCUCCUUGAUCCUGAACUGUGCUCCAUGCAAUGUCAUCUGCUCCAUUACUUUCCAGAGUCAUUUUGAUUAUAAAGAUAAGGAAAUGCUUACGUUCAUGGAAAAAGUGAAUGAGAAUCUCAAGAUUAUGAGCUCCCCAUGGAUGCAGGUCUGCAAUAGUUUUCCUUCACUCGUUGACUAUUUUCCUGGAACUCAUCACAAAAUAGCAAAAAAUAUUAAUUAUAUGAAAAGCUAUUUGUUGAAGAAAAUAGAAGAACACCAGGAAUCAUUGGAUGUUACAAACCCUCGUGAUUUUGUUGAUUAUUACCUGAUUAAACAAAAACAGGCAAACAACAUCGAACAAUCAGAAUAUUCACAUGAAAAUCUGACAUGCAGUAUCAUGGAUCUCAUUGGUGCAGGGACAGCGACAAUGAGCACAACAUUGAGAUAUGCUCUCCUGCUUCUGAUGAAGUACCCACAUGUCACAGCUAAAGUCCAGGAAGAGAUUGACCGUGUGAUUGGCAGACAUCGCAGCCCCUGCAUGCAGGAUAGAAAACACAUGCCCUACACAGAUGCCAUGAUUCAUGAGGUACAGAGAUUCAUUAACUUUGUCCCGACCAACCUGCCCCAUGCAGUGACCUGUGACAUUAAAUUCAGGAACUACCUCAUCCCGAAGGGAACAAAAGUGUUAACAUCACUGACAUCAGUGCUGCAUGACAGCAAGGAGUUCCCCAACCCAGAGAUGUUUGACCCUGGCCACUUUCUAGAUGAGAAUGGAAACUUUAAGAAAAGUGACUACUUUUUGCCUUUCUCAGCAGGAAAACGAGCUUGUGUUGGAGAGGGCCUGGCCCGCAUGCAGUUGUUUCUAUUCUUGACAACCAUUUUACAGAACUUUAACCUGAAAUCUCUGGUUCACCCAAAGGACAUUGAUACGAUGCCAGUUCUGAAUGGUUUUGCCUCUCUGCCACCCACUUACCAGCUCUGCUUCAUUCCUUCCUGAAUAGAUCAGGCAUUUUGGCUUCUACUGUGUUGCCUUCUGCAAUCCCCUUCAGGUUUUUAUCCAGUCCCUUCCCUCUAUCAUCCAUCCUGACUCUUGUCUUAAGAUCCAGAAAGCACAUGCAGUUUCUGGAGUUAUAGCACAAAUCCACUUGUAUUAUCUCUUUCAUAUAACAAUUUAUGAUCCCUUGUGUCAUUGUGUAUCCAUUCCUGAGUUAAAAUAAAGCUUCACUAUAAAAUAAUAA